UUUUGUUCUCUAUUUCCUGUAAGUUUACUGGUAAUUCACCUUUUGGAGAUUGAAAAGAGGAGCUGAUAGGUUAGAUAACUUACUCUAAUGAAAUCAAGGAGCCAUUCUUAUCCCAUUGUUACCUUCUGAAAUACCUUUCAGAUGUAGAAGCCUGACAGGAGAUUCUGGACACAUUUUGGGAAGAAGUAAAUGUGGUCAUUUUGCAGACUCUUGUCCAGCCUGCCUCAUGCCCAAUCCCUGUGCUUCCUGCCUUCCAGUUCUCUCCUGCGCUAUGGUGGCAAUCUGUCCCUGCAGAGUGCCAUGAGCGUGCGAUUCAACAGCAACGGCACCCAGCUCCUGGCCCUGAGGCGUCGCCUGCCCCCUGUGCUCUAUGACAUCCACUCCCGCCUGCCUGUGUUCCAGUUUGACAAUCAGGGUUACUUCAACUCUUGCACCAUGAAAAGUUGCUGCUUUGCAGGGGAUCGUGACCAGGGACUAAGAAAUGAAGUGUGGCGAAUUCAUCAUUGCCUUGUCUCUAAUACCUGGCACACAGUGAGAGCGCAAUAAAUAUUUGUUGAAGCAAAUCUUGAAUA